UGGGUUGGUUGCCCCCUUGAUUUGGUUCCAUCGAGUAGAAAAACCGACCAAUCCAAAUUUUUGAAUUGAUCUAAAAAAACUCCCUAGCCCGACCCAACCCGACCAUAUACACGCUACUAAUUUUACAACUACUUUUAUAAAGAUACAUACUUAUAAUAUUUUUGAUCAUGCUACUCAUCCAAAAAAUCCUCUCUCCAUCCCCAUUUAGAAAUUGGGUGUCAAGUAAUAACCCAACUCAAAAUGCCAAAAUCCAUCCAGAUACCUAACAGGAGGUUAAUAUUGUUAAUGGCCUGAAAUAGCAUGUUCACAAGCCUUCGUCCCUUUUGAAACCACCAAGAAUAUGAGGUAAAAGAAAAAGAAACAGUCAAUCCAUCUUUGACCACAGAUCUCCAACCACUUUUUCUCAAAUACAAAUAUUACCUCAGCAUCUCUGGUUCUGUUUUCUUCCCCUCGCUGAAAAAAGAAAAUGCACAAACCAAAUGAAAUCUUCAAAACUUACAAUUCAUGAACUCAUUUUCUUCAGCCACCACCGGUGUUAAUGGUGGCUUUUCCUGCAAGAGAGAGGUGAUUAGCAAAUAAAAGGAACCCGGAAGACGAAUACGAAGACGAAGAAGAAGGAAUGGACGGGCAAGAGUCGGCAUCCAAUUCCACAGACGAUACAAUCGUCUGCUAUGCUCCAACCAUGAUCACUACAAAUGGGGUGUGGCAGGGCGAUAACCCUUUGGAUUAUUCUCUCCCCCUCUUCAUCUUGCAGUUAACAAUGGUAGUCGUCUUGACUCGCACUCUCGUUUUCCUCUUGAAACCCUUUCGCCAACCUCGAGUCAUCUCUGAAAUUUUGGGUGGAGUGAUUCUGGGGCCUUCGGUACUGGGGAGGAACGCUAAAUUUGCCAACGCCAUGUUUCCUUUAAGAAGUGUAAUGGUGCUUGAAACAAUGGCGAACGUGGGGCUUCUCUACUUUCUGUUUUUGGUUGGUGUGGAGAUGGAUCUCUCAGUGGUUCGUCGAACUGGGAAGAAGGCAAUGGCCAUAGCUUUGGCUGGAAUGAUUCUUCCAUUUGGAAUAGGAGCUGCAUUUUCAAACCAGAUGCAUGAAAAGUGGGAAAAAGACAUGAACUUGGGCACUUACAUUAUGUUUCUUGGUGUUGCCCUCUCUGUGACUGCUUUCCCAGUGCUUGCUAGAGUCCUUGCAGAGCUUAAACUGAUUAAUUCAGAGCUAGGAAGGAUUGCUAUGGCUUCUGCCCUUUUUAAUGAUAUGUGUGCCUGGGUUCUCUUAGCUUUAGCCAUAGCCUUAUCUGAGAAUGAUUCCUCAUCUUUGGCUUCUUUAUGGGUUGUACUCUCAAGUGCAAGCUUUGUUCUGUUUUGCAUCUUCAUCGUUCGACCGACCAUCUCAUGGAUGAUUCGAAGAACCCCAGAAGGAGAAAGUAUCAGUGAGUUCUACAUCUGUUUGAUUCUCACAGGGGUUAUGAUCUCAGGGUUUGUUACAGAUGCCAUUGGAACACACUCAGUUUUUGGGGCUUUUGUAUUUGGGUUGGUUAUUCCAAAUGGACCACUUGGGGUGACUCUAAUUGAGAAGCUUGAGGACUUUGUCUCAGGGCUUUUGCUCCCUCUUUUCUUUGCCAUAAGUGGGCUUAAGACUAAUGUAUCUGCCAUAAAAGGAAUUGGCACUUGGAUAUCUGUUCUAUCCAUCACUGUCCUUGCUUGUAUUGGCAAAGUCAUUGGAACUCUCCUUGCCUCCAUUUGUUAUCAGAUGUCGUAUCGUGAAGGCGUCACGUUAGGCUUGCUUAUGAACACCAAAGGCCUCAUUGAAAUGAUCAUCCUCAACGUCGGAAAGGACCAAAAGGUACUAGAUGAUCAGACAUUUACAAUUAUGGUGAUUGUAGCUAUCACUAUGACAGGGAUCAUAACACCUGCAGUUACCGUAAUCUAUAGGCCAACAAGAAGGUUUCUACCAUAUAAGAAACGAACGAUUCAAGCAUCGAAACCAGAUUCGGAGUUCCGAGUACUAGUCUGCAUCCACACACCUCGAAACGUACCAACAAUCAUCAACCUCCUUGAUGCAUCCUACCCAACCAAGAGAUCCCCAAUUUGCAUAUAUGUGCUGCACUUGGUGGAACUCACAGGACGAGCCUCCGCCAUGCUCAUUGUCCACAACACCAGAAAAUCAGGUCGCCCUGCCCUAAAUCGAACCCAGGCUCAAUCAGAUCACAUCAUCAAUGCAUUCGAGAACUAUGAACAACACGUUGAUUGCGUCUCAGUCCAGCCCCUAACAGCCAUUUCCCCCUACUCCACAAUGCACGAAGACAUCUGCAAUUUAGCCGAGGACAAACGCGUUGCCUUCAUAAUCAUCCCAUUCCACAAGCAACAAACCGUCGAUGGAGGAAUGGAAGCUACAAAUCCAGCAUUCAGAUUGGUAAACCAAAAUGUGUUAUCCAACGCACCUUGCUCCGUCGGAAUCCUAGUGGAUCGGGGCCUAAAUGGCUCCACUCGAACCGCAUCGAACAAGGCGUCUCACUACAACAUAAUCUUGUUGUUCUUCGGCGGACAAGACGACAGAGAAGCUUUAGCAUACGCGUGGAGAAUUUCAGAGCAUCCAGGAGUGAGCUUAACCGUAAUGAGAUUCAUCGCCGGAGUAGAAGCAGUCGAACCAAAACCAGAAGACAACGAACCUACAGCUUUAACCAUGGAAACAGAAAUCGACAAAGACAGGCAGCUAGACGAGGAAUUCGUAAACGAAUUCAGGACGAAGAAUGUGAACAACGAGUCGGUCACUUACACGGAGAAGGUGUUGAACAACGGCGAGGAGACAGUGGCGGCCAUUAGAGCAAUGAGCGAUGCUCACGACCUGUUUAUCGUGGGCAGAGGAGAAGCUAGGGCAUCG